CAUCAUUGUGAAGAGCAAGGUUAUUUUUCGUGACGAGUGUUACCGUAUAAAAGGUGAAAGUACUAGGAGAAAGCUGUGGGGUACAUUUUGCUCGCAGAUCUCUGACAGAAUUUGGAGGGUACUUUAUCACUCUGAAGGUUAUCAAUUCGUCAUUAGUGGAAAUCACUCCGAUCCGUCAUAUUUACGUGAAAGUGGGAUUGUUUUUUGGCGAAUGUAGAAACAAGAAAGCAUCAAAAUAAAUAAGGAAAAUGUGCUUCUCAUCGGAAACUUGGUGUGGGCGAUGUCUUCUGUUGUUCUUUUGUCUUUUGACCGUCUUCUCGUUCUGGGUGUUCAUGUCGGUGGAUUAUGUCGAGCUGUUGGAAGAAGAAGAAAUUGAAGAAAGUCCUCCAAUCGUUCUGGAAAAUGAUCGCUUGCCAUUGUUGAGUCCGGAUCGGAAAACGAUUUACGUCAUAUCUGAGGAAGGUCUUCCGAUCGCGAAUAAUUUCAUAUUGCGAAAUCCGAGCAUCCCCAUUCAAAAAAUUGUGUAUCGGAAACCUGGAGUGAACAAUUCCAUUCAUGUAUAUCCAAUCCAACGGGAAGCUCUGGUCGCGACGAAUCGUACUUUCACUCAGGCGGAUAUUCCAGGACUUUGCGCAUUCUUGUUCAUGCUGAUUUUCACCUCGGUCGGAAUUUACAUCUUGUUAUGUCGAGAAAUGUGCGGGUGUCGGUGUUCCACGCGGCCAAGAUCGUCCUCCGUGUGUGACACGUGCUUCGAAUUCGACCCCGCCGUGGAUUUCGCCGAUCUCGACGAUUUCUUCGACAGUCCCGAUUCAACCCCGGGAAAUUCGCCAAUCAAGCAGAAAAAGGGGGGUGGAGAAAGCGUGGUGAAAAUCCCCAUCACCGAUGAGCUUAAACAACCCUUACUGCUUAUUGUGUAAAGUUAAAGGCAUUUCAUACAGAAAAAGCGUAUGAAAAUCUACGUGCAGAAAGUUUGCUUAUUUUAUGCAGAAAAAUGUGCAAAAAUCUGCAUAUUUUGAUAACAAAUUUUCUCCAAGAAACAAAUUUAUGCGAAAAAAUUGUACAGAAUUCUAAUCUAUCUCAAUUCUCUUUCUGCAGAAAAAUGGGUAAAUUUUCGUCACGUGGAUUAUUUUCGUGUGGAAUUUGGGAGAGAAAUAAUUAUUCAAGAGAUUAUAAAAUUCUAUUCAUUCAUAAUAAUGAAAAAAGUGGACAAAAAUAUACAGACGACAAGGCAAUCAAGAUUUCUACUUUGUUUAUCUGUAAGUAAGGAGAAAGUUAUACCGGAAGUUGUAUACAUUUUUUUGUCUUGUUCAAUUGCAGGGUGCUUAAUAAUAAUUAGGUUAUAUCGAUCGAGGUACAUAAAUAUGUUUAAUUUUACUCAGAGUUCUUAAAUAUAUUUUAUUUUCUAUGCUAGUUUUUGUAUGGAAGUUCGAAAAUUUCGAAAAAUCAAACCAAUUAAAAUUUUACUCUACAAGAAUUUUAAUGAUUCUGCUGCUGAAAAGUUGUUAUAAUGUACAUAUAAAAGCUGAAUCAAAAUUGAGGUGAAAAAUUCCCGUAGAUUAAAAAAUUGUAUCUAAAUAAGUAUUAAGUUCACCUAAAUAUUUUUAUUAGGGUUUUCUAAAUUUUACAAUUAUUGAAAUGGCGUCUAAAUUAGCAAAUCGUUAAAUUGUGCCGAAUUCUCCUCUCGAUCAUUGGCAAUUUCAAAAACGAUUAUCAAAAACAAUUUUCAAAAACAAUUAAAUCAAUUUCAAAAAUUUUAAUGAUUUUGCUACUGAAAAAUUGUUCUAGGCGAAUCUAAAUUGAGCUGUAAAUUUCACAUACAUAUAAAUUAAAAUAUUAAUUUAUUUGAUUUUUUGGAAAUUUCGAAGUUACAUAACCCUCUCGCAAGAACUACCAUAGAAAAUAAAGUGUAGGAAGGGGAACCUUGAUCUUACCAAUUUUAAUAAGACCGGUAGAAAAUUUUUAUCUUCUUAUUCAUAGUGUUCAGAAAUUUAGGAUAGAUUUCAAGUUCGUUCUCAUGCAUACAAAUAAUAUUCGUACAAGUGUAUACAUUUAAUCAUUCCACAUUUUAGGACCAAUUUCAAUCAUUUUUAUGGGUGUAUUUAUGUACAUAAGUGCAUAAUAAUAAUCAUCAUACUCGCAAAUACCGUAUUAUUCGACCCAAUCUGCUAAUUGAAAAAAUUGCAUUGUUAAUAGAAUAUUAUAGCUGAUCUAGUAUCACCAGUAUUCAUCCUUCUUUUAAGACAAAGUAUUGUCGACUGUAUGAAAAUCAACCUGCCAAAAAUUUGCAUAUUUUUUGCACAACAUACAUACUUAAAUAACUUCAUGACAAAAAGUGAAGUUUAAUAAGUAGGAAAUAUCUUUGUUAGAAAUUUUCAAAAAAAACAUACAUAAUUUUUCAGGUGAAUUUUUUGAAGAAUUUUCGUCAAGUAGAUUUUCAUACAAGUUUUUUGUGAACCAAAUAAAAAAAUAUUAACAAAAAAUACAUGACUGUGAAUUAGUGUGAAUUACCGUAUACCUGUUGGCCGGAUUAAGAAAUAUAAUAAAAAAUUGGUAUUAUUAUCAUAUGUACGAAACAUGGAAUUAAGAAUUGUGAUGCCAAAACAAUUGUAAUUUUUUUCCUAUCAAACUGGAGGUAAAAUUACGAAAACAUUAUUGACUUGUGUAACAAAAAUAUCAGAGUUUUUUAUGUGCGCUGAAGCCAAUUAAUAAGUUGCAUUACAUUCAUACUUAUUUCAUGAUUGUAAUAAUAGUGCUUAAAUAUGUGUGCUUAUAAAAACAUAAAUAAUUCGUUUAUGAAAAUGUUUAAGAGUUUAUUAAAAAUAAAACUACA